CUUUCAAUUGCAAUUAAUUAUAAUUGAUAUCAAUAUAUAUGAUAUACCCUAUAGUCUCGCUUGAGGCUAAAACUACAAACAAAAUAUGGAAACCCUUUGCAAGAGUAUAAAAAACGUGCUUCGUUUGUUUACAUUUAGAACAGGCUUUAACACUACUAGUAGUCACUACUAGUCAUAGCAGAACUAAUGAGUCAUCAGAAGUGUGCCAUUCGAGGGUGGCAAUUACCAAGAAGUCAGGUUUGUCGCACUUCUCAUCGCAAACGAUUAUAUGGUACAUUAUCUUAAUCAAAUUUAUUCAUAAUUCUCUGGGAAUGAAUCAGCUUUAAGAACUGGACUACUGAAAUACCGUGAGAAAAUAUCAUUCAUAGCUAUAUAUAUAGAACAAAUUAAUGAUGCUUGGUCUAAAAUAGAUUUUCCCAAUUCAAAAAACGCCCAUACAAAAGUAGCCCCACUAUAAAAAACCUUAAGAUAUGCGAACGAUCUGUCUACCUGGGUAAUUUUAUGCAUUACUGACUAACGAACAGCGCCACGUCGAUAUAAAACUCACAACCAAGUGGAAUUUCAUAACAGAAGAGAACUGAACAUGCAAGCGAUUUUUAUAUUGUGUACACUCCUUGUAUGCCUGCUUGUAUUAUUGAGAUUAAGUUGGGGCGGUUCGGAGAGCCAGGACGUGACCACCCCGAAUCCCAAGUUUCUAGUGCACAAGGACUCCCAUUCUUCAUAUGAUUGGUUCAAAGAUGAAAUUAGGAACAGAGCGAAGGAUAACGAUUUGAAUGGCAUCGCUGAACAAGAACUUUUAAAAUCAAAAGCAAGAUUUCAAAAGCUUCUAAAUAUUCUCAGGCGCCGACCAACGAAGGAUAACUAUUCUAAAGAUUUACCAGUUCAAGUUGAUACCAGUGAUCCAUCGAAUGCAGAAGAUACAACCAUCUUAUGUAAUCCAAUUAUUGAUGAAAACUGCUACCCAGAUUCUAUUGGACCAAGACUAAGCGCCACUCUACUAAAGAUCCUUGCAUAAAUUGACUGAUCCAUAGAUCUACA